ACGCUUUAUGGUGGAAGAGAGAAACUUGUUUGUUGCCUCCCGAUAAAAAUGAAGCGUGUAUUUACUCUGUCUGACAAAAGCUGGAGUGGCUCCUGUUUGCAGUACAAGUGGCAGAAAUCGUUAGGAAAUUACCUGGCUGUUGCUGGACCGGACAACUCCGUCAAGAUCUUCGACCGCCAUGGACAGAAAAUGAACGAGCUCAGUCUUCCAGGGAGGUGUUUAUCUCUGGAUUGGGAUAAAGAUGGCGAUACCUUGGCUGUCAUUGCAGAAAAAUCCAGCGCCAUUCAUCUGUGGGAUGCCAACGUCAAUAGGACGUCACAGCUGGACAGUGGCAUGAGAGAUCAGCUUUCUUUUCUGCUCUGGUCCAAAACAAGUCCGUUGUUGGCGGUUGGUACAUUUAAAGGAAAUCUGCUCAUCUACAACCAGCAAACCUCACGCAAGAUUCCUGUACUGGGUAAACACACUAAGAAGAUCACAUGUGGCUGCUGGAGUUCUCAGAACCUGUUAGCACUGGGUAGUGAGGAUCGCAACAUUACAGUCAGCAACCAUGAAGGAGACACCAUCCGCCAGACCUCGGUCAGGGCGGAUCCCGCCGACGUUCAGUUCUCAGUGAUGAAGACUGACGAGAGGUCAUCACCAGGAGAGAGCACGGUGAGCGUAGCAGUGGGGAAGAAGACCCUAUUCCUGUUUAACCUGAACGAUCCAGACAACCCCAUCGAGCUGGCUUUUCAACAGCGCUACGGGAACAUCGUCACCUACCGCUGGUAUGGCGAUGGCUAUAUCAUGAUUGGAUUCUCGCACGGUUAUUUUGUGGUGAUCUCCACGCACAUCCGUGAGAUCGGACAGGAACUGUUUCAGGCUCACAAUCACAAAGACAGUCUGAGCAGCAUCGCUAUCUCGCAGUCUCUCAACAAAGCAGCUUCCUGUGGAGAUAACUGUGUGAAGAUCCAUGACCUGACUGACCUAAAGGAGAUGGAUGCCAUCGUCACACUAGAUGAGGAGACCAAAGGGCUUGAUCAGAUCUGUUGGACGGAUGAUGGUCAGUUGUUAGCCAUCUCCUCUCAGCAGGGCAGACUGCACGUGUAUCUGACCAAACUGCCCAUCCUGGGAAACAGCUGUGGUACCCGCAUCGCUUACCUCACUUCCUUGUUAGAGGUUACAGUCGCCAACCAGGUGGAGGGGGAAGCUGCUAUUACCGUGGCAGUCGAUGUGGAGCCUAACUUCAUCGCUGUAGGGCCGUACCACCUGGCUGUUGGGAUGAACAACCGGGCCUGGUUUUAUGCUCUGGGAGCCAGUGGUGUGGAGCGCCUUAAAGACACUGAGUAUCUGGGCACGGUGGCUAGUAUGUGUCUAACCUGUGACUACGCAGCCGCUCUGUUUGAAGGAAAAAUCCAGCUGCAUAUGAUUGAGGGUGAAGAUCAGGACGUUCAAGAAGACAGACAAACAAAGCUCUUUCCAGAUGCAGACCAGAAGUAUCGCAUCCUCAGCCACGCCCUCACCACAGACUUCCUCUUUUAUGGAACAGACACUGGUCUCAUCCAGUGUUUCUACAUCGAGGACUGGCAAAGCGUUAAUGAGUAUCGGCACCCUGUGGGGGUGCGCAAAGUCUUCCCCGACCCCAACGGAACCAGGCUCGUCUUCAUCGAUGACAAGAGCGAUGGAUUCCUGUACUGUCCGGUGGAUGCCUCGCUGUAUGAGAUUUCCAACUUCUCCCCAACGAUCACCAGUGUACUGUGGGAAAACUGGGCGAACGAUAAAGCCGUUUUUGUGACGUUCGACGAGGACAGAGUGUACACCUACGCCUUCCAUAAGGACACCGUACAAGGUUCUAAUGUAGUCCUGGUGGGCUCCACCAAGCUACCGUUUAACCAUAAGCCCUUGCUACUCUAUAACGGCGAGCUGACAUGCCAGACACAGAGCGGUAAAACUAACAGCGUUUUACUGGACACGCACUCUUUCCUCAACACCACACCCUCCAACUCCAAGGAGGAACUUCAGACUCAGCUGCAGCAAGCCAUCAAGCUCAAGAGGUUUUCUGAGGCGUGGUCAGUGUGUUCAGCUCUGAGCCAAACUGAAGCCUGGAAGGAGCUGGGUCGGGCGUGUCUCCAACACAUGGAGGUGGAGUUAGCUAUCAGAGUGUACCGCAGCGUAGGCGACGUGGGCAUGGUGCUGUCACUUGAGGACAUCAAGGGAAUUGAGGAUCAGAAUCUGUUGGCAGGUCACCUGGCCAUGUUCUGCAAUGACUAUGACCAAGCUCAGGACCUGUACCUGGCCUCCUCGUAUCCCAUGGCAGCACUGGAGAUGAGGAGGGAUCUGCAGCAUUGGGACAGCGCUUUGCAGCUGGCUAAGAGGCUGAACCCUGAUGAAAUCCCUUUUAUAUCUAAGGAAUACGCCAUACAGUUAGAGUUUGUUGGAGAUUACACUAACGCCCUGGCUCACUAUGAGAAAGGAAAAACAGGAGACAUUAAGUUUCAGGAGCAUGACGAGAGCUGUUUGGCUGGAGUGGCUCGAAUGUCCAUCAGAAUGGGCGACAUUCGCAGAGGAGCCAACCUGGCCAUCAAACACCCGAGCAGAAUCCUGAAGAAGGAAUGUGGAGCCAUCCUGGAGAGCAUGAAGCAAUACUCAGAAGCUGCACAGCUGUAUGAGAAUGGCCAGUACUAUGACAAAGCUGCUUCUGUCUACAUUCGCUGCAAGAACUGGGCAAAGGUUGGAGAGCUGUUGCCCCAUGUCACUUCCCCCAAGAUUCACCUGCAGUAUGCCAAAGCCAAAGAGGCUGAUGGGAAAUUCAAGGACGCCGCAAUGGCCUACGAGAACGCCCGGGAUUGGGAUAAUUUGAUCCGGAUCUUGUUGGAUCAUCUGAACAAUCCAGAGGAAGCAGUCCGGAUUGUCCGGGAAACCCAGUCCAUCGAUGGGGCCAAGAUGGUGGCCAGGUUUUUCCUGCGCCUGAAUGAUUACGGUUCGGCUAUCCAGUUCCUGGUGAUAUCAGGCUGCAGUGAUGAGGCCUUCCAGCUCGGCCAGCAACACGGUCAGAUGGAGGUCUAUGCUGACAUCAUUGGCCCAGAUGCCAGUAUGGAGGACUACCAGAGCAUAGCACUUUAUUUUGAUGGGGAGAAGAAACACUUGCAGGCUGGCAAGUUCUUCAGAAAGUGUGGCCAGUACAGCAGGGCACUAAAACACUUUCUGAAGUGUCCCAACACUGAUGAUAAUUUGGCUAUAGAAAUGGCCAUUGAAACGGUAGGAGAAGCCAAAGAUGAAGCUUUGACCAAUCAGCUAAUUGAUUACCUCAUGGGGGAAAGUGACGGCAUGCCAAAGGAUGCGAAGUAUCUGUUCCGCUUGUACAUGGCACUCAAACAAUACAGAGAGAGCGCCAGAACGGCCAUCAUCAUCGCCAGAGAGGAGCAGUUAGCAGGUAACUACAGGAAUGCACAUGAUGUAUUGUUCAGCAUGUACAUGGAGCUCCAGACGCAGAAAAUUAAAAUCCCAGCAGAGAUGGCAACCAACUUAAUGAUUUUACACAGCUACAUCCUAGUGAAGAUACACGUGAAGAGAGGAGAUCACCUUAAAGGAGCCCGCAUGCUGAUCCGAGUCUCUAACAACAUCAGCAAAUUUCCCUCACAUGUUGUUCCCAUCCUGACCUCAGCAGUCAUUGAAUGCCAUCGUGCAGGAUUAAAGAAUUCAUCCUUCAGCUUUGCAGCCAUGCUAAUGAGACCUGAGUACCGCAGCAAGAUUGAUCUUAAAUACAAGAAGAAGAUUGAAGCCAUGGUCCGUCGUCCGGACACCUCUGAGGUAGAGGAGGAGAGCACUCCGUGCCCGUACUGCCGCUUCAGCCUGCCUGACUGUGAGCUGCUCUGCCCAGGCUGCAAGAACAACCUGCCAUACUGCAUAGCUACGGGGCGACAUAUGGUAAAGGAGGACUGGUGCGAGUGUCCACACUGCAACUUUCCUGCUCUGUACUCUCAGUUCACACAGUUGUUGGAGACCGAGUCUGCGUGCCCUAUGUGCUCCGAGAGUGUGAGUGCCAGUCAACUGAAGAUCAUCUCGGACUGCUCCAAAUACCUUCAGCAGGACCAGCUUGAGUCCUGACACACACACACACACACACACACACACACACACACACACACAUGAUAAAAAGAGGAUAAAGAGGUAUUUGCCAAUUGUCCUGCUCAAUUCAACAGCACUGAGUCUUCUCCUGUAAUGCUUAAUGAGAUUAAAGGCUCCAGAAUGAGAAAUCUGAGAGCUUGUCUCAGUACACAAUUUAUUCAGACCCUCCAGGCUCCUGUGGACUCUCUCUAGCUCUGAAUCUGACUGUAAAACCACAAAAAUUCCACUAGCAUUCAGCAAGCACUGGUGUGUGUGGUUAGAUCUAAGAAAGCAUUUUUUCUUUUGAAACACCUUCCAAAAAUCUGUUGGCAUAGAGGUCCUUCAUUCAGGAAUUUUUUGCCACUCUAACCAUCCUCCCCUCUAUUUCAGACUAAGUUGAUUACCUCAACUAACAGUAGAUGUUUCACUGUCUUAUAUAACCGCAUACACUCCAAGCAAUUGAGGAUUAAGGGCCUUGCUCAAGGGCCCCCAACAGUGGCAACCUCAAUGAUGGGGUUUGACCAGGGCACCUUCAGAUUAACAGUCCGGUACUAUAAACGCUAAUCAUCAGAUUUAUGAAUGUCAAAUGAAUUUAUGAAUGCGUGACUGAUUAGGAGUGAAAACACUCAGUAAAACAAUAAUGGGCUCAUG